AUGGCGACGGCGCUGAACCAGUUGAGUUUGGAAUAUUCAUGUGCUGAGCUGUUGCAGGCUACCAACAACUUCAGCGAGAACAAUCGCUUAGGUUAUGGGACUUUUGGCGGUGUGUUUCGUGGCGUCCAGCGAGAUGGCACAGAGAUUGCCGUUAAGGUUCUGGAGGGACCGGAAGAAGCUGGCUUUGAGGACUUGGCUUUGUCCCUUUGUGGUUGCACCGUGCCACAGCGCUUUAAAAGGGGCCACAACUUGGUCCGUGCAACCUCUUUACAACCAAGAACGUUGUCUUGUGUUGAGUAA